UUUCACAUUUAAUUUAACCAACUGUUGAUGAACUCCUUCUUUAGUCAGAUUGCCUCCUUCAAUCUGGAUAAUCUUACUUUCUGUUUCUGGUAUCUUCUCUCUUUUCACAGACUUUCCCUCUCAUUUCCUUUCUUUCAAUCCCUCUCUCUUUAUUCCUUUCCGUCUUUUUUUCUCUCUUCUCUCACACUUUCCCUCUCAUUUCCUCUCCAUUCCCAUGACCGACUUCUCCCCCGUGAUUCUCACCUCUUCUUCUUCGUCUUCUCCCCCUUCUUUCAUCUCACUAGCCUUUCAAUCUUAUUAUUUCUCAUGAGUCUCCUCACUCUGCGCAACUCCAUUUCCACCGCCUUUCGUUUUACCCACAACAACAACCAACCUUCAUCAUAAUGCACUCCCCACACCCGCUUCGCAGCGGCGACACUCCUCCUCUUCCUCGAAUUUCUCACUUUCAGUCCACUUUGUCCAUACAGAAACUCAGGCGAUUCAACUCACUGAUUCUCGUCUUGCGACUCGCUGCCUUUUGCUUCACUCUUGCUGCCUCCGUUUUCAUGCUUACUAACUCUCGCGGAUCCGACUUGCCUCGAUGGGUCGAUUUUGAUGCUUUCAGAUUUGUUUUUGCUGCAAAUGCAAUAGUAGCCAUUUACUCUUUCUUCCAAAUGGGCGCCUCAGUUUGGGAGAUUUCAAAAGGGACAACUUUCUUUCCCGAAAUUUUACAAGUCUGGUUCGAUUUUGGCCAUGAUCAGAUGUUUGCAUACCUGUUACUGUCGGCGGAGUCGGCGGGAACGGAGCUGGCGAGGACACUGAAGAGCACCGACACGUGUACGGUGUCAAAUGCGUUUUGUGUACAGUCGUAUAUUUCUGUGGCGUUAGGAUUUGCUGGGUUUCUGUUUCUGGGGUUUUCGUCUUUGCUAUCGGGUUUUCGGGUGGUCUGUUUUAUAAUCAACGGCUCUCGUUUUCAUCUUUAGUCAGAGAGGGAAGGGAGGGAUUGCUGUGAUGUGUGAGGGUGUUGGAUAUUUACUGUGGUCAUUUGAACUGUUCUGAUGAUGUGCUGUGUAAGUGAGCUCAACCACCGACUAUGUACAUUGAAAGAGUGUAUUCUUUUUUUCUGUAAUUUCGAGUAUCCAAAUCGUAAUAGAAUGUUGAUAUUUUCACAA